GCGAGACCACGGUUGAUCCAUAUAUUUUUUUUUGUUGUUGUUGGAGCACGUGCGCGCCAACUAACGAACAAGCGAAUAGCUUUUUCUGGAUAACAACCCACAGCCAGGAUGCACAGCAACAACUUCCUCCCCUUAAACAUAAGAAGGCUCCAGCAGCGGGCGUACGUGGAAACCCCGGACACAAUCUACUGGAAGCGCCUGGCGAAACCGGAACAAAUUAAGGAACACAACGCAGUAGACUACUUGGAUUUCAGUUCCUCCGACCCAGACAACUUUGCAGUGACCUCCUCGGUGCGAGUGCAAAUCUACAAUUUGGUGACCAAGCUGGUGGUGAAGAAUCUCUCGAGGUUUCAGAAGUCCGCCUACGGAGCCGCGUUUCGGCAGGAUGGCCGGCUGCUAGCCGCCGGCGACGAGGAGGGCUACGUAAAGCUCUUCGACACUACCAACCGAAGCAUCCUGCGCCUCUUCAAGGGACAUAAAGCACCGGUGCAUCGGACCUUCUUUACGGCAGACAAAGUGCACUUGACCAGCUUUAGCGACGACAAGACGGUGCGACUAUGGGAUGUGGCCAACGAGAAGGUGGUGCAGACGUACGAAGACUACCACACGGACUACAUCCGGGCAGGAGCCACGCAUCCGCAGGCGGGAUACAUGUUUGUUUCCGGUGGCUACGACGGCAAGAUCAAUCUGUAUGAUACGCGGCAGGAGAUGCCAGUGCAACACGACUUGGAUCACGGGGCGCCCGUGGAGUCCUUGGUCUUCCUGCCCAACGGAGGAGUCUUCGUCAGCGCCGGUGGCACCCAGAUACGCGUUUGGGACAUGAUCAAUGGCUGCCGGCUGCUUACGAUGAUGUCGCAGCAUCACAAGACUGUCACCUGCUUGAGUCUGGGAUCGGACGGUCGCCGGUUGUUCUCCGGAGGCUUGGAUCGGCACGUAAAAAUCUACGAUGUGAGUACGUACAAAACUGUGCACACAAUCAACUAUCCGAAUGCCGUGGUCAGUCUGGCCGUGGCGGCCGGGGAUCAGGCUGUUGUGGCCGGCAUGGUCGAUGGACUGAUGGUUAUUCGCCGCAUGAUAACGGAGAACAAGCCGAGUAACCUGAGAAAGAUCCGUGCAGAACGGGAGCGAAAGCAGAGACAAAAGAAGGUGGACGCCGACCCCGAUCCCGAUGUCCCCGACCAGCCGGUGGACCACGUCAUAAAGGAGAGGACCAAGGGAACGGGCCUGAAAUCCUACGACGUCCACCUGAGGCGGUUUAACCAUAAGAAGGCGCUCGACGAUGUGCUGCAGGCGCAGAAAGUUGAGGAGAAGCCGGAGCUGGUGGUGGCCGUAAUUAUUGACCUACUCCGUCGACGCUCCUUGGGCAAGGCCCUAAUCGGUCGAACCGAGGCCACCCUCAUCCAAAUCAUCGACUUUUUGUGCGAGUACCUUAGCGAGAUUCGGUUUAUGAGGCCGCUGUUGAAUGCCGCCUCCGUAGUACUGAAUGUGUUUGAGCGCAAAUUGGUGGGCUGCAGCCCGAAGCUACUCAAGGCCAUGGAACGGCUGUCGGUUGCUGUCUAUGAGGAAACCCUGCUAACCUUCGAGUUGAUGCACCUGAAGGGCUCCAUAGACAUGCUCCUCGGACUUUCAAUAAAAAACGUCCAGCCGUCACGUAAGCCGUCAGUCUAUAUGGAAGGCUUGCCCAAGGUAACAAGAAUGCAACCCUCCAGGGCGGCGCAAAAGUACGUGGUUUACGUGGACUAACACCAACCAAGGACCUUAAAUUAAACACAAUUAGUCUAGCUUAUUUUAUUCGUAGGACCCAAGUAAGUGCAAAGUAAAUAAAGUCGUAAUUAUAUCUGCAA